AUGCCUAUACCUUCGAGGGAGGUUCUGACCCUCCGUUUGAUCUUCGAUUGUGACGGGGACGAAGAGGAAGAAUAUGCUGCGUCGGAAGAUCCUCUACAUCCCUCAUUUCUCCUUCGUCUGCCCGUUGAGCUCCGCCUUAAGAUCCUCCGCUACCUUUUGCGCAUAGACCGCAACCGCAAAGCUCACACUCGCCGUCCGCCCCAGAACAGCAUUUCCGAACUGCUCUAUUUGAAUCCGAGGCGCAUUCUCGAGGCUGCGCCCUUUAAGCACAAGGGGAAUCAAGAGAUCAAUGGGAGUCCCCCAGUCAUAAAUAGCUGCCAGCUACACCCGGCCAUCCUGAAAACAUGCAAACAACUCUAUCUAGAGGGCAAGACGAUCUUGUACACGGAGAACAAAGUGGUCGGUCUGCAGUCAGGAAUCCGAGGGCUCGGCGCGAAGCUGAAAAACUACGGUAUCCCAGUCUUCGGACCUUUUCCAUCGUCCAGGUUGAUAAGUGCACCUUAUGAUGCCUCUCAGUCCUGCCAGUCCAGAUUUGACCCUGUCAUGCUCUUCAGUGGGGGCAAUACAAAGCCAGACGCUCCAUUUUAUAUCUGCAGCUCCAAGGACUCGGCGGAUUUCAUGCACGCCCUUUGGAUCAUGGUCAAAUGUCCUUUUGCACGGGGCAUGGGAUACAAUUUGUCGCUAUCGGCGGAGCCACGGUAUCGUUAUGUCAACCGGACUGACAGCUUUGUGAGGUUUGCCGUGUUGCCAUGGCUACACAAUCACAUCAACUCGAUCAGCUUUCACAGUCCAGCCCCAGGAAUUCUGUCAGAAGACAGGCCACAGGUAACUUCAGAAGCAUGCAACAGUCGGGUGACUCCCCUCCGUGAUGACCUCGCAAGACAUGUCCUCGCAAGCAAGGCCGAGCCUAACCUGCACACCUACAGAGCCAUCUGUGCUUAUCUUGAGCAGGUCCUGCUUCAAGGGGAGAUCUGCGUCGAUCAAGGGAAUUUUGUUAGUGGAGAGCUCCUUUUUGAGCGCGUGUGCUAUGAGGCAUCCAGCAUUGUCCGCACCAGAACAAGCAAGCUAGUCGACGUGUCGUCCAAGAGCAAGGACGGCAUCAAUCGCGUUUGUAAGCUAAUUGCAGUCAGUGCUUACAGACUGUGCGAGCUUCGCAGCGGCGCAUUGGCCCGGCUCAUCUCGAAAAGACUCCAAAACUUGCAAGCAAAUGGAACGGGUGCUCUUGAGCCAAAGCGCUGUGACAGCCAGGUCACCGAAAUUCCAAAGGAAGAAGAGGGCGAAUCGCCGGAUGACUCCGCAUCAGCUAUCAACGAGGACACAUCAUCCAUCGCAUCAAGUUCCGAUGCACGAACUAGCAUCAGUGAGGAGAGCAGCAAGAAGCCUGACGACGUCUCCGCAGGUGAUCAGCCCGAUAAAGCACAAGUGACAACCACCGUCUCAACUCGGCCACCGACAUAUUUCAUUCCAAGAACCACGCGCCUGGAGCCACAGUUGGCUGGUGAUCUCGCCCUUACAAGCGGUCUUCUUGCACUCCGACUACCGUGCGCGUCGCCGGUGCCGGAAUGGAAUAUUCGUCUAGACAUCAUGCUUUUGCGACUCUUUGCCGAGAGAAACGACACCCCUAAUGCGGUGUGGAGCCUUCGUCGCAUCCAGAGCAAUGGUACUGUCGAAUUGCAGAGUAUGAAGCAGAAAAACAAGACGGGUGACAAAAAAUGGCAGGCUCUAAGCGACUUGGUGCAUGAUUUGGCGCAGCAGCUGAGACCAGGUGGUACCAGAAGUUCAUUCUAUGAGACGGCAGAUAAAUGCCAGCAAGUCGUCACACUGUUGUGGGGAGAACGUUUGAUUCCUAAGAAGGGUUUUAAUGGAUUAAUCUGGACAUUCAGAUGGGCUGGAUAA